AGGGUUUUGCAACAAUUGUAUAAUGUUUUUGGUGGCUAGUGUGUAGAGUUUUGCAAAAAAUAGCCUGUAGUUUCAAAGAUAGUGCCUAAGCAAUCAGAAAAAAACUGUAAUGGCAAGAGUUGUGGAACAGGGAGGGAAAGGGAAGACACCUGUAUAAGAUCCAGGAAAAGGUGGGGGAGGACCUCGGGUCAACAGAGAAGGGAGGAAGACAUAAUCACAAGACUGAAACUGGAACACACAAGGCUCAACAGCACUUUGAAAUUAGGGAAACAAUCCGACUGGGAAGUGUGAUCAAUGCCAGGACAUGGAGACAGUGGAACACAUCCUAUUUCAGUGACAGCGAUAUGGGAGGGAACGGGACAGUUUUAUUAGUAGGAAUAAUGGCAUUGAACAGCCUAGUUUAAUUUAAUUGUUAAGAAAACCUUAAGGUGAUAUUGUAGUCAAUGAUGUAUUCCGACAGGGAGAAUUGUUAAAUUGCGUAGGAUUCAACUUCAGACCUUAUCCAUCUCUGGUCCACAGUCCAGUAGGUGGCGGUAAUGCAUCACUAAAUUUGGUUGUCGAACGCGAUUUACAAACCACUGAAGAAGUGUACACAGAACUCACCAAUAAUUUUCACUUUAGCGUUUUUUUUGUUAUUUAGACGUUUAUUAACACCCUGGAACUCGAAAUAUGACUAAUUUAACUACACAGCAUCACAUACUUACCCCAAGUAGUUUUUAAUUCGCGUUGGGGACAGGACUUGGUGGAUAGAUCUGUUAAUAGGUAACUAACGCUAGCUAGCUGCUAACAAUGGCUAACUGUAUGGUUUUUCACACUCAAAUAGCCUCCAUCAUGGAGGUUCUAGCGAAUGCAGCCGUGUCAGAGAUCUGUAAACUCGUAGACGACGACUAUGCAGUGUGUCGUUUGGAAAUAACUCAAAGCCAGAAAGAAAACAGGACAUUGCGGAGAAAACUACUAGAACUGAAGGUGGCACGGGAGCGCGCAGAGAGGACAACGCGAGAGCGCGUCCUCGGCAGUCGUCCCAGUAGCGUCAAGAUCCUCGAUCGAUACAGAGGAAUGGCAAGAGGUGAAGGACAUCUCACUGGAGGCCACAGGAACUUUGUGAAGGCAGCGGGACACAAUAUAUGGAGAGAUGACCAACCAAUCACUGUUGAUGAGGGGAGUGGAACCUCAACCCAGCACGUUAUUAUGAUAGAGGCUGCAGAUGCAGAGGCUGUAGGUCCUGGGGUCAAGCAGGAGAGGUCUGAAGGAGAAGAGGACCCACGGCAACGCAGAGACAUCCAGACUGGAGCGGCUGGAGAGCCCCCUGUAGCCACGGAGGACCUCGCCACCACCACCCAGCCCAGGACCAGAUGCAGCAUCACGGAGGAGGAGGAGGGUCCAGAGGUGCUGCUGGUGAAGGAGGAGGGGUGUGAGGAGGGUCUGGGGAACCCUGAGGGGACCAUGGUCAUGGAGGACAACCAGACUACACCUCCUCCUGAACCCACAGAGGAACCAGCUGAGCAGCACAGGACCACACAUCUUCUCACUGAGUCAGUACACAUGGAGGAUGGGAAGAUUGAUCUGCUGGUAGUCAAAGAGGAGACAAUAGAAGACGGACCAGAGAGCAUUGAUCUGCUGAGUGGACUAAAGAUGGGGGAGCAAGGUGGUUGGCUGGAGGCUGACAGAGGAGACUGGGCGGCCGUCUUGGUAUCCCAGACGGCUGCAUCCAAGGGCCCGGGGGUCGACAUCACCAAGCAGGCCAAGACCAGGGACGACAUAGUGGAGGUCAGUGGAUGGGACAGCGUCCUCAACUCUGGGCUGGUGAACAACACUGUUAACCACAACCAGAAACAGACAGUCGAACACAAAACAACAACCAAACGUAGUGUCCAUGACAACAGACUGGCUGAGACCAGGGUGAGGCGUAGAUUUGGUCUGCGGGGACGAGGAGGUGUCCCUAUGUGGCGGGAGAGAACAGACACAAACUCGGCUAGCGAUGCUCCAUCUUGCUCUUAUAGUUGUGAUUCAGAGAGACUGAUGGGGCCUCAGGUUAACCCUCUAACAGGUGCUGCCUUCAGCCUGCCUUCUAUAGGAUCUAUCAACUGGAACAUGGACCCUGCGACAACACAGACACUCCCUGACCUUCAUCCUCCUCACACUCUCCUAAUGUUAAACCAGACCUCAGACAAUGCCAGUGCCUCAACACUAAAUGGCUACACAAGCUCAUUGACAAAUGACAUUAUUGGAGAUGGAAUCUGUGGGAAAGCCUUCAGUUUCCCCAAACAGGUGGAGAUCCACCAGCGGAUUCACACGGGGGAGAAACCAUUCGGCUGCCAACUGUGCAGGGCCAGUUUCUCACAUUCAUUCAACUUAAAGAGGCACCAAAGGGUCCACACAGGGGAGAAACCCUUCAGCUGCCCCCAGUGUGAGAAAAGGUUCUCACACCAGCACCAGCUGAAGAUGCACCUGAAGGUCCACACGGGAGAGAGGCCAUUCGCCUGUACACACUGCGGGAAGAGGUUCUCAGAGAGGAGCUACCUCAGGAUACACCAGCAGAAAAUGCACACAGCCCGAGUAUAAUGACAUGUAAUGUAAUACUAGUUAGUUUGUAGUUAAUUGUGUUGGCUUUGGAUGUAGUAGGGAACUGGAUGAGCUGAGGAAAUAAGGAGUAUGAUGAGGCAGAGUAGAUGAUAUGAUGGUUGGUGUGAUGUCUGUAAAAAUGCUUCACUAAUGAAAAGUGACAACCUUGUCCUGUUGUUUAAUGCUGGAGUUUUAUAAUGAGACGAUAGUGCCUUAAUUCAGGUUUACUUGACAUGAAGUAGUGAAGCAAUGUGUGCAUUUGUACAUAUUUAGUUAUUUUUAGGUGUUUUUAAUAUGUUUUUUUUUUUUAAAUCAGGUCUUUUGUUUUUAAUAACAUCAAGUUUUUUUAUUGCAAAUGUCUGCCAUUUUUAAGCCAAGGAUUUGCAGAUUGACUGACAGUUUAACACUUUUUGGCUUUGCUAGCUUUGUUUCCAAAAUGCAUCCGGACACAGCACCAUCUUUUUUUAAAUUUCACCUGGUUGCCAAUUCCAGAUCUUUUAAGAACAUCAUUUGAGGAGUCUCCUGAAGCGUGAGAGGAAUGGGAGCUAGAGGAAUCCACUAGUGCUGAGGGCUCGUAACGAAGGACGACCGGCUACUAUUCUGAGCUGAGUGCGGUGAGCUUUCUGGCGAACAGAGCUGCUGGAGCAUCACCUAAGUGGCUGCUGCACAGAGGAGAAGUCCAGUGGCUAUAAGAGACUCAGGCUGGUUCCCAGACUUACCCUCUACAAGAUCGUCAGCAAGACUUCGUCACCAUCCUCUGUCUAGCUCCCUUCGCUCAAGCCAUGAACUGACCCUCUCCGUCUUCGGAGGAUGCCGCUUUCAACGACUUGGCCCACUAUUGGUUGACCCGUCAUGAUAUAUUGCUUGUUUUUUGUCUUCUUUUAGCUCUUGAAGCGCGUUGAGAUUCUAUGAAAAGCGCUAUAGAAAUGUAAUGUUGAACCUUUUCCAAAUGAUUCUAAAAUUAAUUUCAGCAAAGCGAGUGUACCAGAUUUACAGAAAAGUAAACAGUGGGAAGUUAUGCUACUUGUCACAUGUAUUGUUUUGUGCAAUAAAAGUACUGUAAUUCACA